AGUAAGCUCUGUUCUGAACAGAGAUGUUAAGCAAUUCGGGAAGAAGUACAUGUUUGACUCGAAUGAAGAAGCGUGCUGGAACUCUGACCAGGUAACUACAAUUACAUGAUAAGCGCGCAUGCCCUCAAGAGGGACAGUAUUGGUGCAUGUGCGGCAACAACAAUGAUGACCCCGUGGGUCCCAAUUAUUAGACUGAGUGCCAGUCUGUUUCUGCUCUCUUGCCAACUGCUUAUGGAAUUUUUAAUGACAAUGUUUUGCUUCACAAUAACAAUGGAGUAGGCGAAAUAACAACUAACACUCACACUUGACAUUUUUCCCUCUCACUAUAUUUGACUUUGUUGAUAGAACUUUGAGGGAAAAUGUACUUACUAUGACUGUGAUAUGUGGUUGUCCCACCUAGCUAUCUUAAGAUGAAUGCACUAACUAUACUGAGUGUAUAAAACAUUAAGAACACCUUCCUAAUAUUGAGUUGCACUUUUGCCCUCAGAACAGCCUCAAUUCGUCGGGGAAUGGACAAGGUGUCGAAAGCAUUACACGGAUGCUGGCCCAUAUUUACUCCAAUGCUUCCCACAGUUGUCAGGUUGGCUGGAUAUCCUUUGGGUGGUGGACCAUUCUUGAUACACACAGGAAACUGUUGAGCGUGAAAAACCCAGCAGCGUUGUAGUUCUGGACACAAACCGGUGCGCCUGGCACCUACUACCAUACCCCGCUCAAAGGCACUUAAAUCUUUUGUCUCUGAAUGGCACACAUACACAAUCCAUGUCUCAAUUGUGUCAAGACAUUAUUUAACCUGUCUCCUCCCCUUCAUCUACACAGAUUUGAAGUGGAUUUAACAGGUGCCUUUCCAAAUCAUGUCCAAUCAAUUGAAUUUACCACAGGUGGAUUCCAAUCAAGUUGUAGAAACAUCUCAAGGAUGAUCAAUGGAAUUACUUAUUUGCAUAAGCACCUAUGUUAACGUUUUACAGGGCGAUUCUCAGUGGGUUACUCUGGAAUUCCCACAGCCUGUCAGAGUGUCAGAAUUAAAGGUGCAGUUCCAAGGUGGCUUUUCAGGGAAAACGUGCAAAUUGGAAGGUAAUAUAUACACACACACAAACACAACUCCUUUGGUCAGUGUACCACCAUGAAGUAUAAUACACACAUGUGAAAUAGGACAAAUGUAAGAACUCACCAAAUUAUUUAUUAUUAAGUUGUGGUUUUCAAUGAUUCAUUGUCAUCCUAUGCUAUAACACGUGAUAUGUUUAAAAAGAGACAGACUGUCAAUGUCAACGAUCCUGAAAAGGCUUCCACUUGUGUUCCCCUCAGGAUGCCCAAAAGAUGGAGAUUUGGCUAAAAUCAUAGAUUUUUACCCAGAAGACAGCAGCUCACUACAAAUAUCCUUCAAUGUAUUAUUAAAUGUCUCUAAAAUCAUACCAGUUCAAAUUAGUUGUAGUAAUCCUUGUUCGAGCCAGAAUGGCUUUGUACAUCAAACGUGAGGCAGCUUGAUGUAGAACUACACCGCCUGGACAGGACACUAGUCUUAGUUGCUUAAAUUAGUUGUAGUAUUACAGAAAAGUUAUGCCUGGAACUGAAUACUGUAAUACAGAAAUUUUGAUUUUAAUGCAUAGUAGCUACAUAGCAGCUUUCAAUUAAUAUUGUUCUGUGCAGUUCUGUUUCAUUAAUCCUCAGCUUAUCUGGUUCUUAACUCCACACCCACAGCUUUCCCAUUCAGGAGGCCCCCACGGUGCACAGGCUAAAAAUUGUGUUUGAGAACAGUGCCGACUUCUUUGGGCGAAUAAUUGUUUACUCCUUGGACAUCCUGGGGGAAAGAGCUUUG